GUUUUGUGUGGAAGAAGAAAAUUUCAUUGUUUUGAAAAUUACAAGUUUAUUUGGUGUAAAUAAAAACGGAAAAAAUAAAUUCAAACAAAAUUACGAAGCGUUAAAAAUAUUCCACAUUUAGUAAUACUUUACUAAAUUCGUUAGCCAAAUUAGGGUGUGUAUUUGGUGUGCCAAAUGGCAGAAUGGAUGACGAUGAUAGCAGAACACCGCGCAUGUACCAGUAUCGACAAGAUCGCUCCCGAUUCGCUUGCAUCGCCUAUAGUUUAACAGUGAUCUUCUUUUGCAUCUCAAUCGUGCAAUGGAUCUUAAUGAUUACGCUUGAUGGCUUGCGCAACUUUAUCAUGGACUUUUCGUAUAUCUCAAUAAUUGCGCUUCUUAUUGGCAUGUUGUUGGUGACGUCCUUCGUAUUCUUCGAGAAUCUGCGCUUUACAAAGCCCAUCAAUUGGGUGAUAACAAUUAUAAUAGUAUUCAUGACAACUUGGGGCAUUUCACGUGCUAUCGUCGAACCAACUCUGGCGCUUUUCGGCAUAACCCUGCUGUUCGUGUCCGUCUUAGGCAUUGUCUUCAUAAUCAUCGGUGUGCACAUUCGUCACGAUUUAACACUGGACGUUGUAGUAUUGUUUGUGGCUGCUGUAAUAUUUUUUAUCACCUCGGUAUUCUUCGUAAUGCUACAGCUCUUGGCGGGUCUUAAAAUAGCGUUUUUCAUAUAUUCGACGAUCAUAAUAAUAACGGUGCUGAUGUUCGUCAUGUACCAUGCACAAACCAUAAAUGGUUACCGUUACGCGGAAAUGCGUCUAAAUGACUAUCUGCUGGCCGCGCUCAUACUGUACCACGAUCUAACAAUACUACUGAUCAUGUCCUUUUUGCUGAUUGCCAAAAUAUAUGAGUUGGCAGGCGGCCAAGGUCUAUCACUCUACGGUGAUUCCUGUUGUGGCAACUAUUCUGGCGCAUCGAACAGAUCGCUUUCUGAUGACCUCUCGCCAUAUAACAGCGGCAGUGACAAUGUGGGGCCGAUUUAUCUGUAAAUUGCGAAUUUCGUCGGGAGUUUUCAAAAUAUCGCGUUAAUUACAUUGUUUGUUAAACGUUUAGAUAUAAUGUAACAUUAAAUGUAUGGUGUAAUUGUGUGUGGUGAAUAAAAGAUCCUCGAAAGAUUUUCAUUUAAACAGUGUUGGGUAACACUAGAACAUUUAUUUUCGUUUGAUUUCGAUAAAAUUUUGUAAUUAGACAGACAUUCUAUUAUAAUAUAAGUAACUCCAUUUAAAAACACAAUUGUUACUAUAUUUUCUUUUAAGAUUUGCAAUGUUGCAAACUGUUACAAAUUUGUAAUUAGCACAGAGAGUACUUUAACAUGUUCGAAAUUUAACUCUUUAACUCUUUAUUUUUUUUUUAUUGAUUUAAAUUUAUUUUUUACUUUGCGUUUUAAAUCUUUAAGCAUUAAUGAAAUAUUUUAUUAAGCGCUCUGCUCAUCUUCGCCUUAAGCUGCCUUUACCUAUGUACCUGUAAGCUUAACUACCGAGUUUUCCAUCCACAAUUCCAUUUUCAUUACAUUUUUGCAUUUUCUUUUUGUUAAUUUAUAAGCUUAUGUGCUCGUAUGUGAAUAUAUGUAUGUAUAUAUAACUUUUACGAUCUACGAUACUGCCAAGCGCACAAAUGUAUGCAGCAUGCAGACUAUUCUUAUAUAUUUUAAGUUGUAUUGAUACAUAUUUUUGUAUUAUUUAUAGUAAUAUAUAAUUAUUAGUUUUUUGACAUACAUAUGUAAGUAUUUAUUAUAAUCGAAGGAAUCAUAAAUAUUUUGAUUAAUAUGUAUAUAUAUAUAUUGUUCCUAAAUUCUAAACUUAUUCUCCGUAAUCGCAUUGGCUAAGUUGUUGAUUGCCAGAAAAAUUGUUCAUUAUAAGUCAGUGAUUUUCAUAAAUGUUAAUAACUUUUGGGGGGGACACACCCCUACGAUAGAGUAAGAUAUAUUUGAUAUAGAUAUUGAUAUAUUGGUUAUAUUUGGUUAUAUUUUGGUUAUAAUAUAUAGUAUCUUCAACAUGAUGGUAGCAUAUUUGGUUAUAAUAAGAUAUAGUAAGUGAGCAAGCAUUUUCCGCUUUCUGUAGUAAGUCCUACGCACAUUUAUUUCAUCAGAACCAUUCUUUAUAUAUUUUUAUAUUCAAUGUUGGCUCUUUUUUAACUUCCUCAAUAAAGCAAUUUGUUUUUGAAGUGUGAAAGUUAGGCUUAUAUAAUAAAGCAGAUUUAUAACGCUUAAUAUAUUUGUAUAUGUAAGUAUAUAGUUUAUAAUUCGAUAAGUUUAUAUAUUUUUUUGGAUUUUUGCUACGUUUUUAGUAGAGUUUUAUGCACUAUUUAUUGCUAGCACAGCAGAAGAAUGCUACUUUUUAGGAAAUAAUUUAAUUUUUAUGAAUUUAAUUUUUUUUUUC